AUGGAGGAGAUUGUGAGAAGGGAUCUCAAAAAUUUUGAGUGAGAGCCCUCCCAGCUUCCCAAGGGCAGCUGGCCCAGAAGCCAGAAUGGAAGCAGUGCUGAGACCAACCCAGCUGCAAACCUCACCUUCUCCUCCUACUACCAGCACUCCUCACCAGUGGCAGCCAUGUUCAUUGUAGCCUACGUGCUCAUCUUCCUCCUCUGCAUGGUGGGCAAUGCCCUGGUCUGUUUCAUUGUGCUCAAGAACCGGCACAUGCGCACUGUCACCAACAUGUUCAUCCUCAACUUGGCUGUCAGUGACCUGCUGGUGGGCAUCUUCUGCAUGCCUACCACCCUUGUGGACAACCUUAUCACUGGGUGGCCCUUUGACAACACCACAUGCAAGAUGAGUGGCUUGGUGCAGGGCAUGUCUGUGUCAGCCUCCGUUUUCACCUUGGUCGCCAUUGCUGUGGAAAGGUUCCGCUGCAUCGUGCACCCUUUCCGCGAGAAGCUGACCCUGCAGAAGGCGCUGGUCACCAUCGCGGUCAUCUGGGCCCUGGCUCUGCUCAUCAUGUGUCCCUCGGCUGUCACACUGACGGUCACGCGUGAGGAGCACCACUUCAUGGUGGACGCCCACAACCGCUUCUACCCACUCUACUCGUGCUGGGAGGCGUGGCCCGACAAGGGCAUGCGCAGGAUCUACACCACAGUGCUCUUCUCGCACAUCUACCUGGCGCCCCUCACCCUCAUAGUGGUCAUGUAUACCCGCAUCGCCCGCAAGCUCUUCAAGGCCUCGGGCCCUGCCCGGGACCGAGAGGAGGUGACCAUGGAGGGCCGGCGGGCGUCCAGGCGCAAGGCCCGGGUGGUACACAUGUUGGUCAUGGUGGCGCUGUUCUUCACGCUGUCCUGGCUGCCACUGUGGGUGCUGCUACUCCUCAUCGACUACGGGCAGCUCAGUGAGCCACAGCUGCACCUAGUCACUGUCUAUGCCUUCCCCUUUGCCCACUGGCUGGCUUUCUUCAACAGCAGUGCCAACCCCAUCAUCUAUGGUUACUUCAAUGAGAACUUCCGCAGGGGCUUUCAGGCCGCCUUCCGCACCCAGCUCUGCCCGCUGCAGCGGGGAAGUCACAAGGAGGCCUACUCAGAGAGGCCCAGCGGGCUCCUGUGCAGGCGGGUUCUCGUCGGUGUGCAGCCCAGCCACUCGGGCCUGCCCUCUGAGUCAGGGCCAAGCAGUGGCGCCUCCGGGCCGAGCAGCGGGGCACCCAGGUCUGCACGCCUCUUGCUGCGGAAUGGGCGGGUGGCCCACCAUGGCUUGUCCAGGGAGGAUCCUGAAUGCUCCCGUAUGCCCCUUGCCAUACCAGCCUGGGAUAUCUGA